AGUAUUUAAGGACCUUAAAAAUAGAAAAGGUAACCUCGGUCUGAGCAGACGACAUCGUAAUUCUCAUGUGAAUGUGAUGUGGGCUCUUCACUCUCCCCACAAUCUCCAAUCGUCUUCCACCUCCACUCCUUUCUACUUCCCCACUCGCUCUUCUUCGAGACCACCAAUCUGUUCCCUCACCUUAAACCCAAAGAAUACGGGCACAAACUACAACCAGUUGAUACAGUCUUUAUGUAAACAAGGCAGUCUCAAGCAAGCCCUCCAAGUCCUCCCUCACGAGCCCAACCCGACGCAGCAUACCUACGAGCUCUUAAUCCUCUCUUGCUCCCUCCAAAACUCCCUCUCCGAUGGCGUUGACGUUCACCGCCACCUCCUCGAUGCUGGGUUUGAUCAGGACCCUUUCCUGGCCACCAAACUCAUCAAUAUGUAUUCCGAAUUGGACUCUAUCGACGACGCACGGGAGGUGUUUGAUAAAACUCGUAAGAGAACGAUAUAUGUUUGGAAUGCUCUCUUUAGAGCGCUUACGCUGGCGGGUUAUGGCCAAGAGGUCUUAGGUUUGUAUCGACGGAUGAAUGAGAUUGGGAUUCCAUCUGAUAGGUUCACGUAUACGUAUGUGCUCAAAGCUUGCGUUGCUUCGGAGUGUUUGAUUUCGCUUCUCCAUAUGGGUAAGGAGAUUCACGCUCAUAUUCUGCGACAUGGGUAUGAAUCGCAUGUUCAUGUUAUGACUACUAUGGUGGAUAUGUACGCCAGGUUUGGGUGUGUAUCGAAUGCUAGUUGUGUGUUUGAUUCGAUGCCUGUGAGAAAUGUGGUCUCAUGGAGUGCUAUGAUUGCGUGUUAUGCGAAGAAUGGGAGCCCCUUUGAAGCUUUGGAACUAUUCCGUGAAAUGAUUCUUGAGACCCACGAUUCAGUUCCAAAUUCAGUGACAAUGGUCAGUGUUCUUCAAGCUUGUUCAGCUCUUGCCUCAUUGGAGCAAGGGAAGCUGAUCCAUGGUUAUAUCCUUAGAAGGGGACUUGACUCUAUCCUGCCAGUAAUUAGUGCCCUUGUGACGAUGUAUGCAAGAUGUGGUAAACUUGAAUUGGGGCAACUUGUUUUUGAUCGGAUGGCAAAGAGGGAUGUUGUUUCCUGGAAUUCCUUGAUUUCAAGUUAUGGGAUUCAUGGAUUUGGAAAGAAGUCAAUUCAAAUUUUCCUAGAGAUGAUUCAACAAGGACUCUCACCGAGUCACAUAUCAUUUGUUAGUGUUUUGGGAGCAUGUAGUCAUGCCGGUUUUGUUGAGGAGGGGAAGAUGUUGUUUGAGUCUAUGGUUAAAGAACAUAGGAUAUAUCCUAGUGUGGAGCAUUAUGCUUGUAUGGUGGACCUUCUUGGCCGUGCCAAUCAAUUGGAUGAAGCAGCCAAGAUUAUCGAAGAUAUGCGGAUUGAACCAGGACCUAAGGUUUGGGGUUCUCUUCUUGGCUCAUGCAGGAUUCAUUGCAAUGUGGAGCUUGCAGAGAGAGCAAGCAGAAGACUGUUUGAGCUUGAGCCUAUGAAUGCUGGGAAUUAUGUGCUCCUAACUGAUAUUUAUGCUGAAGCUAACAUGUGGGGUGAGGUAAAAAGAGUGAAGAAGCUCUUAGAAGCUCGGGGACUACAAAAGCUCCCUGGUCGCAGUUGGAUAGAAGUUAAAAGGAAGAUCUACUCGUUUACGUCUGUUGAGGAGCUUAACCCACAGAUUGAACAACUCCAUGCUUUGUUGCUUAAAUUGUCAAAUGAGAUGAAGGAGCAGGGCUACGUGCCACAAACUAAAGCUGUUCUUUAUGAUCUUGAUACAGAGGAGAAGGAACGAAUUGUAUUGGGCCAUAGCGAAAAGCUUGCUGUUGCCUUUGGACUCAUCAAUGCAAGUAAAGGGGAAACAAUUCGGAUUACCAAAAACUUAAGGCUAUGUGAAGACUGUCAUUCGGUUACCAAGUUCAUUUCCAAGUUUGCGAAUAGAGAGAUUCUGGUUCGAGAUGUGAAUCGUUUUCACCAUUUUAAAGAUGGGAUUUGUUCAUGUGGAGAUUAUUGGUAGUUUUAACUUCAUUUAUCACAAUAAUUGGAAAGUGAGCAUUUUCGCCAAAUAUUUGAGGCUCCUCAAAUGUAUACGGACAAAGUUUGUGUUUGACAAUUAUUUUACAAGCAUCUUUCGUUACAGUUCUA